CCGAGCCCGAACGCUGCUCACGUGCGGAUGUGCCGUCUCGCGCUGUCAUGUAACACGAGUUAUUUCAACCACUGUGACAUUUUUAAGGGAAAAUGGUGUUUAUUUUGUUGAGGAAAUAACUUGAACGGUCACAGAUUUAACUUUAAGAAGUGGACCUGCUCUCGUGCAGCAGGACGAGGCCAGUUAGUAAAGCCCUUCGGAACAUGUUCGCACCUGCCUCUGGGACUUUAACUCCUGCUUCUUGACUCACAGGAGCACCACGUUUCGUUACCUGAAGUGAAGCUGCAGGAUGAGCCGAGGGGAGGAGGACUCGGACAUCACGUUACCGUUUGUGCCGACGGCGUGAUUUACAGUUUUUGCCACCAUGGAGGAGAAGUUCAAUAGACUCAUCUUCAUUCCCAUUGCGGCGGUGCUCUUCUUAAUGAUUGGCUACCAGUAUGUGUGCCCGUCCGACAGCAACACCUGCUACUUCAGAAGUGACGAGAAAGGGCUUUUCCAGCGCUAUUCAUCAGGGUUUGAGUUAGUUUACACAGAGCCGGAGGCGGACGAGGACCUUCCCUCCAAAAUUACAUCCAAAUUUAACUUCACGGAGCGGGACUUGGACCGGCACGUCGACUUCAACAUCCGGGGAGACGAUGUUAUGGUGUUCCUCCAUAUUCAGAAAACCGGCGGGACGACGUUUGGGCGGCACCUGGUCAAAAACAUCCAGCUGGAGCAGCCCUGCGACUGUAUGCCCGGACAGAGAAAAUGCACUUGUCACCGGCCAGGGAAAGCAGAGUCGUGGCUCUUCUCGCGGUUCUCCACGGGCUGGAGUUGUGGGUUGCACGCGGACUGGACGGAGCUCACGAGCUGUGUGCCUGUGGUGAUGAACAAAAGGGACAAGAAGAAUGCACAGAAAAGCAAAAGGAACUUCUACUACAUCACCAUGCUUCGUGAUCCCGUGUCACGCUACCUCAGCGAGUGGAAGCACGUUCAGCGCGGGGCCACCUGGAAAACCGCCCUCCACAUGUGCGAUGGCCGGCCGCCCACUCAGGACGAGCUCCCGGCCUGCUACACCGGCGAAGACUGGACUGGCGUGUCUUUGGCCGACUUCAUGAGCUGCCCUUCAAACCUCGCCAACAACCGGCAGGUUCGCAUGCUCGCCGAUCUCAGCCUGGUGGGCUGCUACAACAUGUCGUCCGUCAGCGAGCUGGAGCGCGGCCGAGUCCUCCUAGCCAGCGCCAAAGCCAACUUGCGCAACAUGGCUUUCUACGGCCUGACAGAGUUCCAAAGGAAGACGCAGUAUCUCUUCGAGCGGACGUUCGGCUUGCACUUCAUCCGGGCUUUCACGCAGAUCAACAGCACACGGGCGGCCAGCGUGGGCAUCAGCGAGAAGGUGCGGUGGCGCAUCGAAGGGCUCAACGCCUUAGAUAUGGAGCUUUACGAAUACGCCAAGGAGCUCUUCCUGCGGCGCUACCAGUAUAACCGGCAAAAGCAGCACCAGGAGGAGCGUCUGAGGCGGUGGCAGGAGAGGCAGCACAGGCAGCGCAUGCACAGGACCUAUCUGGCUGCACUGUGGAGACUGGGAGGAGGCGAAGGGGAGGAGGAGGUGGAGGAAGUGAAGGCGCAAGAGGAGAUAACUACGACAGAGGACUACAGCAGCCAGGUGGUGCGGUGGUGAGGAGAGCACAGGGACCAAAAGAACAUAAAACUGAUGGCUGGUUGAUUCAUCGUGCUUUACUCCUCUCCCUCCGUCUCCUGCUGUCUCUGCUGUGAAUCUGCCAAAAAACCCCUCCUGCCCUCAUAGCCUCAUAGUCAGACUGCCGAACGGUGUCUUAAUAUUUAUGAUGGAUGUAUUUGUCAUGCAACAUAAAACAUUUUGUAUAUUUUUUUUCUUAAGGCUAUUUUUGGCACUGCAGUCGUGAAUUGCAUUUAUUUAUUCAUUAGCAAGUGCUUUGAAUGUUCUCAGAGCGGUUUCCUAAAAUUUCGCUAAUAAUUAAUAGAACUGAAAAAAUAAUGUGAGAGGGUGAGUUAUUUUAAAAAUGGUGGAUGACUUGAAGGAUCCUGUGUGUCAUGUUUGUGAUCUAGCGCCGUGUUGAUCAGUGAAAUCUCGUAGUUUAACUCUGUGGUGUUUGGCUUCAUAAGAAUAUCAAAGCACAAACUUGGCAAUAGUCUUGCUUUUCUUUUUUCUUUUCCGACUGCUGCAGAAAUGAUUCAAACCAGGCAGGAAAAUGUGUUCAAUAAAAAUAUGC